AUGGCAGCAAAGCAUUUCAUCAAUGAUCCCACUCUCCUGGUGAACUCCGCUCUCCAUGCUCUCACCCUCACCAACCCCUCCGUCGCUUUCGACGAAGAAAACAAAAUCAUCUAUAGACGACCAGGACAUGAAUCUCAAGUGUCUAUAAUAUCUGGCGGAGGUAGUGGACAUGAGCCUAGUUUCGGAGCCUUUGUUGGUGAAGGAUUGCUCGCAGCAUCUGUUGCUGGUACUAUAUUUGCAUCACCGAGCGCCGAGCAAAUUCGCAGAUGUGUAAUGUCAAGAGUCGAUACCGAGAAAGGAAUCUUGGUUACGGUUAUGAAUUACACAGGAGAUGUGUUGAAUUUCGGUAUGGCGGUUGAGAAAGCGAAGGCUGCGGGGUUGAAAGUCGAGAUGUUGGUAGUUGGAGAUGAUGUGGGAGUUGGUCGUGAGAAGGCUGGAAAGGUUGGCAGAAGAGGUAUUGCAGGCACAGUACUAGUACAUAAGAUCACAGGAGCAUUAGCAGCAACGGGUGCUAGUUUGGAGAACGUCUAUAAGGUUGGGAAAUUAACAGCAGACAAUAUCGUCAGUGUGGGAGCUUCCCUGGAUCAUGUUCAUGUUCCUGGUCGAGCACCUCCCAAUCCAAAUUCGGAGGAGAGCCUGGCUUAUGAGGAACUCGAGAUUGGAAUGGGAAUUCACAAUGAGCCCGGUAGCGGUAGGGCCAAGGUUGAUCUGCCCGAACUUGUCAAAAGAAUGCUUACGCAAUUGUUGGAUUCGAAGGACAAGGAUCGAGCAUUUUUGAACGUGAAUUCGAAUGAAGUCGUUCUUCUAGUCAACAAUCUUGGUGGUGUUAGCGUAUUAGAGCUGGGAGGUAUUACAGCGGAAGUUGUAGGUCAGCUCGAGAAGUCCUACAAUAUCAAGCCAGUCAGAAUCCUUGCCGGAACUUAUAUGACAAGUUUGAACGGUCUUGGGUUUAGUAUAUCGCUUCUUAAUGUUGUCAACACAAAUAUUGGUGGACCCAGUAUGUUACAGUUAUUGGACGCAUCGACUGAGGCGACUGGAUGGGCAGCUCCUAUCAGAAAAGAAACAUGGGAGGCUAAAUCUACAGAAACUAGAACCGGCUCUGCUGGUGCUGAAGAGGAGGUUAAGCCCAGUGGAUUGAAACUAGACCCAGAAGUAACAAAGAAAGCUUUGACCGCUGGACUCGAGAGAAUCAUUGCAGCAGAACCCGAUGUCACUCGAUUUGACACAGUAGUUGGGGAUGGAGAUUGCGGUAUUGGUCUAAAGAGAGGAGCUGAAUCUGUGUUAUCAACAAUCUCGAAGGAAAAGCUAUCCGGUGAUGCUGUUGUCGAUCUUGCAAGAAUUGUUCAAGUGGUCGAAAAUACCAUGGAUGGCACUUCUGGAGCCCUAUAUGCUAUCUUCCUAAAUUCUCUUUUGGCUGCUCUCCGCGAAAAUGCUUCUACAGGACAAGCAACUCCAGAAGUCUGGGCAAAGGCAUUACAUUCCGCGUCUGAAGCUCUUUCAAGAUAUACACCAGCGAAACCUGGAGAUCGCACUUUGGUAGAUGCCUUACAUCCAUUUGUUGAGACACUUAAUAAAACGGGAGAUAUCAAGAAAGCAGCUGAAGCGUCCAGGAAAGGCGCCGAGGGCACAAAGGGAAUGAAAGCUAGUUUAGGAAGAACUGUGUAUAUCGGAGGUACUGGUUUCGAACAGGUCCCGGAUCCAGGUGCAUGGGGUUUGAGUGAGUUCUUUUUGGGACUCGCUGGCCUCGGAGAGUCGGAUUAUGAAUUGGUUUGA